GAACUUCGUGGUCCGCAUCUCAGCCAGUCCAUUCAUUCACAACGUAUGGUCUUUAAUAAGAAGUACCAUCGAUUUCCCUUGGAGACAUUUUGAUACGCAAGGAUUUUCAAUGAAUAUUUGAUUCCAAGGGAUUUGUGAAGAAUUUAUUCAAUAUUAAGGAAGACCAAAAAUUUAUACGAAUUCAAAAACUUCCUCAUCUUUCCAUUUUAUUGGAAUUUCAAGUAGGUUCUUUAUUUCUUGACCAAGAAUUAUGAUACUUAAUAACGCCGUGAAAGUUCAAAUACUACCUGCAACAACGUCGGUGGCGAUACAGUUCGUGACCUGUAUCAAAACAUCCGCUAAGCUCUCCGUUUAAUUAUUGGGCAUUGUAUUUCUGAUUGGAAUUGGCAGGGAUGAGGAGCGGUUAUGUAGCAGUGAGGUAACGCCGAUGUGAUUCAUCAAUGGGGAAACGAUACCUCGACAGAGACUCACAUAACGAAACAGUAUGGUGUUUGGGAAAUUCAAAUUAUUCCUUUGGAUGAUCGAAGAUGAAAAAUGAUGCGAGUGCGGCUGUAUUUGAGGAAAUUCUUUCUCAAAUAAGACCGUUUGGUUAUUUUCAAAAACGUCUUUUCUUUGUGACGUCUUUGGUCCAAACUUUUGUGACGACUGUGAUUUUGUAUAUGGAUUUUGUAUAUAUGAAUGUCAAGAACAGUAAAUGUGUCUAUUUACAACAAAAUGACAACGGAACUAACUCCUCUGCGUUCAUAGCGGCAACAAUGAGAUCAUGCGACGGAGAAUGGUACAACCAAUGGACGGUGCCAAUGUGGAUGAACGAAGAGACCUCUCCUGCCACAUUUAGUUAUAUUUGGUUGUGCCAGGGCUGUGGAAUUAUAAUCGGUUCAGUAAUAAGUGGAUUUUUAUCGGACUUGAUAGGACGGAAACAAGUUCUGUUUGUCAAUCUCACCUUGAUGAGUCUUUCCCAGGGAGCGGUCUGUAUAGUUGACGACUGGAUUUUGUUCAUGUGCAUGCGGGGACUAGUUGGAGUAUUCGCAGGAGGUGUUAUCAUACCCAGCUGUGUCCAAAUGAUUGAGCACGUGGGUCAGAAUUGGCGGGAAUUGUGCGUAUGCAUUUGCGCAUGGGCAGUAGGCAUACCGCUUCUGAUAUUUGAGGGACUAAUCACCCGUCACUGGCGUUGGCUGGGAAUUGUAACGUCUUCCACAUCCCUUCUGUCAAUUGGUACAUAUUUUAUAUAUCCAGAGAGUUUCAGAUGGUAUACAUGCAGAGAAAUCUUUUCCAAAGCCGAGGCAUCCAUUAGGGAAAUGAUUUCAGUGAAUGCAACGUCACUUCCGGAUUUCACUCAGCUCUAUGAUAGAGCCAAACUUGCCGUCCUUAAUGCUAUGGUUAAACGUCCCAGAACUUUCUUCGACCUACUUCACACAAGAGAGAGGAUGAAAACAACCAUUGUUCUGGUGUUUGUAUGGAUGUCUAGUUGUGCCGUCUAUCGUUGUCUCUAUGAGAGGAUGGCCGGAAGGAUGUCUGAUAAUGUAUACCUGGACACGGUCCUCGUGUAUCUGUUAGACCUUACCCUUGUUUAUACAACCAUUAUUAUCACAAGAUGCAUUGGGCGUCGAUGGUGCUUGUUCCUUUAUUCAGUGUCUAGCGGCUUCACACUGUGUUGCAUCCUUGUCACACACAUCAUAAAAACCAUGAACACAAACAUUGAUAUGACUUUAGGGAUAACCAUAUUUGGAAAGCUCGGUGUGACGUCAACAGUUGUUCUCAUAUCAUUGGUCACUCUGGAAGUGUACCCAACCUCAAUAAGAUGCAUGGGUUUCGCCGUUGGUCUUUCCUCGGGUAUUGUAGGUCUGUGUGUUGGGCGGUUUUUAUAUAUCGAGUUCUUCCAUAAAGUCCACUUUUCUUAUCCAUAUAUUUGUUAUGCUGUUGUGAUGUCGUUAGUCGGAUGUGUAUGCUUGCUGUUCCCGGAAACGUCAGGUAAACCUUUGCCUGAUUUGGUCAGAAGCAGACACAGAAUGAUCAGCAUGAAGGAAGUAACUCGACUGUCCAGUGCCUGGGACGCUCACUGAAAAGGAGUCCGGAGAUUUGCUGUUCAAACCCUGAAAAAGGCUUACCCGAAAGCCUUUGAUUAAUUUGGAUUCGUGAUUCUUGGAACAUGCGUCGGUUGGCUUUGCUUCAAAUAGUGUUGGAAUUUGAAGAGAGAGUCAGGACAGAUUUUAUUUGAUGUCGGUAAAAAUUGGUGAUGAAAUACGUCGAUGACGUUUAUGAAUUCUUUUUUAUCAUACUGCAGUAUCGUGUUAUAUAC